GAGAGGGUGACGGAGGGAGAAAGACGAGAGCGAGAGCCGAUCGAUGCAUUGAGGCGCCUAGCAGCCAGGCUCUCCCCGAGCUCAGCCCCGUCUACCCCUGCUUUGCCCCAGUAUAUGGCCUGCAGCGCGGCUUCCCUCCGGGAAAAGUAUGUGGUGUGUGCAGUUGCGCAUCGACCUCCGGGGCGUGCACGGCGCGCUCCUCAGCGUGCGAUGCAGCGGGAGUAAAUCGCAGCAGCGCGAGAAGAGAGGCGCGUAGGCGGGGUUUUCCGGCGUGUCACGCUCGCUGUCGAUCGGCAAGAUCGACCAGUCUCACGUCCGAUCUCGCAGUGCCAUGAGCGAACCGGGGAUGUUUUCGACGAUCACGACGAUCACCGUCGUCGUUCGCUAACUGCGACUCCCGCCGCUCCGAGGCCGCGCGUAUCUCCUCCUCCUCCCCCGGACUCUCUUCUUCGUCUGCUGCUUCACACGAUGCCGCGCACCGUCUCCUCGUCCUCGGCGGUUCGGCUCACCUCUAUGUCGGAAUUGUCACUGUGAUGCUCGUUUCACUGACGAACUAUUAUGGAGAUAGCUGAUGCCGGAGGGGGCAUCGACGAUGUCAGACUCUUUCGACUGAGCCUCGUCGGUCUCGUCUCGCUGUUGUUGAUCGACGUGUCGUACGGCGUCGGUGUCAGCGGUACCGGGGGUGGCGGCGUCGGUGUCGGCGUCGGCGUCGUCGGCGGCGUCGGCGGUGGCGGCGGUGGUACCUGCGGCCUGGCCGAACUGAGGUGCAACGACGGCCGCUGCGUGCCGAUAGACGCGUACUGCAAUGGCGAGGAUGACUGCGGCGACGGUAGCGAUGAGCCGGCGAUGUGCACACCGUGCAACCGCACGUAUCACGGCCGCGAGGGUCGCACGUACAAGUUGGACCUGCCGCGACCGGCCGAGGAGCGAUUGCCAUUCCUUUGCCACCUGACGUUCACCGCCGCCGGCCAAGGUUACGGCGAGCUAGUGCAGCUGUUGUGGGACGCCUUCAGCGUGGGUCGCGUCGACCCGAACGCCGACAACUACUUCACCAGCUGUCCGGAGGGCUCGCUGCAGUUAGCGGAGUUGGGUCGACACUUCACCGGUGGCUCGUGGUGCGGCGUAGGCGAGGAUCGUGCUACCUAUUAUAGCGAGACCAGCACCGUCACCGCGUCCAUAAGGCUGUUCCACGCACCGUCGACGGUGCCAUUCGAGUUCCGUUUGCGUUACCGCUUCGUCGCACGCAAUGAAGCAGUCGCACGCCUUGGCAAGCCGGAGCUGCCGAUCGAGAGGGGUUCGCCUGUACCCGGUACAUAUUGUUCGCGCAACUUCUACGAGUGCCACCUGAAACAAUGCCGGCUGCAGAGUCCGAAUUAUCCGGGCGAAUAUCCGCGCAAUGCCAGCUGCCUCAUCACUGUGCGCCAGAAGGAGGUGCCUACCUGCAAGCACGCCAUGAUAUCAGUGAAGAGUACACCCACUGGUCCGGUUGGGCUCAGCACCGUCAACACGAGCCUCAGCGUCUGGCAGGACUGUCCCGCAGAGAAGGAUCGUCUGAUCUUCCGCGACGGCGCGCGCACCGAAGAUCCUAUUCUUCUAAUCUACUGCGGCGGCCCGUUGCCGCAGGUAACCGCACGUGGACCAGCCAUGCAGGUGGAAUUCCGCAGCUCGCCGACGGCUAUAGCGCUGGGCGCAUCUGCCUUGCGACUCGAGCUCGAGCUGCGUGUUAUCUACGUCGACUCGGACGGCUUGGAUUAUGCCAAGGGUGCGCAAGGCUGCCAUUUCUUCGUCAACGGUACCAGUAAGAGAAGCGGAAGCAUACGCGCGCCGUUGCACGCCUUGCCACCCAGCUCCAGCUGCACGUGGAACAUCAAAGGCGUCACUGGGGAUCGCGUCUGGAUCUACUUCUCGUCGUACUCGCAGCGUGACUUCACCAGCAACGGCGAGAACAACGCGAGUGCACAGUCGGACCCAACGUGCGCGGUAAAGCUCAUUUUCUGGGACGGUGCACCGAACAGCGGCCAGCCGAUAGCUAGUUUGUGCGACGACACACCCAAGCUGUGCGCGCACGCGGCGCUACGAAACAUCACCAGGAGCACGAGACCGUGCACCGAGGACGAGAGUUACCUGACGAUUGCGCCGAGCUUGACACUACGCAUGGAGACUAUACUGGGAACCGCACUCCACCCGGUCAAUUUCCACGCGCAGUACGAGUUCGUUUCCACUCUCCAAGCUGGCGAACCUUGGGGCGACGGUAUCUGCAGUCGAAUAUGGCGCAAAGCGCGCUUUGGAGAAGUGAUGUCGCCGCGUGACGUACGCUUAUUCGGUCGCGGUGGUUCCAGCAAGUUGGACUGCAGGUAUCGUAUUGAAGCCGGCAGCGGUGAAAGAAUUCGCUUGACGCUGCACAACGUCAGCUUGGGUGAGUCUACCAUAUGCGUGAGCGAUCCAGACCCGCACACUGGUCGACCACGCUGCGUCCAGGAGGCGGGAUCCAGGGAGGCGC